CUUUCAGAUUUCUCCUGACAAAGACAUCACUUUUUUAAAUCCUAAAAUUCUUUACAGAAUACCUUGUUCAACUAGCCAGCUGUUGCAUAGGUGAGACCAAAAUGGCAAUAUAUAAAGGAGCAGCAAGUGAAGCUGGUCGAGCACUGCAGCUCAUCAAACGCAGAGAGAAAGCCCAAGAGGAAUUGGAAUUCCGAAAGAAAAAAAUUGAGGAGCAUCUCAAGUUAAAUGCCAUUGAAGAUAAAUUUGCUGCUCACUAUGAUGCAGUUGAACAGCAGCUCAAGACUUCAACCAUUGGAUUGGUCACCCUGGACCAAAUGAAAGCAAAACAAGAAAUCAUUGUAAAAGAACGAGAAAAGGAGCUGGCCAAGAAGAUAAAGGAAAAGGAAUUGCAAAAACGGAAGGAAAAAGAAGCAAAAAGAGCAGAAAAGAGAAGACAAAAAGCACAAAUUCAAGCCUUAUCAUUUGAUCCUGAUGAAGGCAUAGAUGAACAAAAAGAGGAGGAGGAAGAGGAAGAAGAAGAAGAGAUUAUUCCAAAGAAAAAGAAGAUUCGCAAGAAUCCAGAUGUGGAUACAAGUUUUCUUCCAGACAGAGAAAGGGAAGAAGAAGAAAACAGACUUCGUGAAGAACUUCGGCAGGAAUGGGAAUUGAAGCAAAAGCAGCUGAAAAGUGAGGAGAUAGAAGUUACCUUCAGUUACUGGGAUGGUUCAGGUCACAGAAGGACACUCCGUGUCAAGAAAGGGCACACAAUAUACCAGUUCCUGCAAAAAGCUCUUGAAGUGCUUAGAAAGGACUUCAGCGAGUUGAAGGCUGUAACUUCCGAUCAGCUCAUGUAUGUCAAGGAGGAUCUUAUCAUCCCACAUCAUUAUUCCUUCUAUGACUUCAUUGUCACCAAGGCACGAGGAAAGAGUGGGCCACUUUUUAGCUUUGAUGUCCACGAGGAUAUACGGCUGUUAAGUGAUGCUACAGUGGAGAAGGAUGAAUCACAUGCAGGGAAAGUGUUGACCCGGAGCUGGUAUGAGAAGAACAAGCACAUCUUUCCUGCAAGCAGAUGGGAGCCAUAUGAUCCUUCCAAAACCUAUGAACAAUAUACCAUCUCUGACAAGCAUAAGAAAUGAAAAGUGCUGAAAAUCAUGGAUUGUAUUCUCCAAAGUGUGAUGGAGGAUUGUUUGUUCAUAAUUUCAUAAAAAGCAACAGGAG